GCGGAGUCCUCGCGCAAGCAGCAGACGCUCCUCGCGCUCUCUGAGUCUCCACAUCCUCCAGUCCAUGGAUUACACAGUUUCCCUCCAAGUGGAACAUCAGCUGGCGGUGUUUCCCACGCACCUCUACCAGGAAUACAGCGUGGAGGUUCAGAUGAAGUCAACAGAAGUGGAUCACGGUCUUUUCACGGACAGUUACUGCAAAGUGUGCAGCGCUCAGCUCAUCUCCGAGUCCCAGAGGGUGGCCCAUUAUGAGAGUCGGAAACACGCCAACAAAGUGCGUCUGUACUACAUGCUACAUCCUGUGGAUGGAGGCUGCCCCGCCAAGAAGCUCAGAACAGACAAUGGCAGCGACAAAGGCGACGUGGACAAGAAUAAGUGCUGCACGCUGUGCAACAUGUCCUUCACCUCCGCCGUGGUGGCACAGUCACACUACCAGGGAAAGAUCCACGCCAAGAGGCUAAAACUGCUGCUGGGGGAGCAGCCGGUCAUCACAGCCAAAGAGGCGUCCCCCAGUCCUGUGAAGACGUCCCCAGACUCCUCCCCCCUGACGUCCCCCCGACAGCGCCGGGACUCGGACCGGUACUGCCAGCUGUGCAACGCCUGGUUCAACAACCCCGGCAUGGCUCAGCAGCACUACGACGGGAAGAAGCACAAGAAGAACGCCUCGAGAGCAGACCUGCUGCAGAGCCUCGGGAAGACCCUGGACAUGGGAGAGAUGAAGGGUCUGAAGCGCAGCUACACGUGUGAAGUGUGCAGCGUCACUCUGAACUCGGUGGCUCAGUACCACGCACACCUGCAGGGCUCCAAGCACCAAAACAA